AUGAGAGCUGCACAGGUCUUUGGUUUGUUUGUAUGCUUCAUUUUAUUUGACUGGGUAAAACUUCAGUCAGAGGCCAGCCUCACAGCUGGCAGAGCACAGCCUGGGGAGAUGGUUGAUGUACAAUCUGAAUGCACAGAGAAGUGGCUAAUCUGCACUGAUGAUAAUUGGGGCUCUAAGUGCCCAUCUGGAUGCCGAAUGCAAAGGUUAAUAGAUGUUAAGAAUCAACAAAAUGAUGAGCGGAUACAAGAGAUGCAGCACAUGCUGAAGAACUAUUCCAAAAUGUUCGGGGGUACUGACAUUACUGUGGCCAAAGUUGUCAAUAGAAUCAGACAGUCUCUGGAUGGACUGGGAGAGUUUGGAGACACUUACUAUCAGUUAGUGGAUGAUAUGAAUAGCAAAUUGAUCAGCUUGCAGUACAAAAUCAAUAAUCAAAGUGUCAAAUUGAGGCUCCUGAAGAAGAGGGUACUAAAACAAUUUAGAAGUAUCACAGGAUUUGAGAUUGACAUUGCUCUCAAGAUGCGAUCUUGCAAAGGAUCUUGCAACAUGCCAUUUAUUUACAACAUCAACAGUGAACAUAAUGCCCAAAUGGAGAAAUCUGUCAACUCAUUGAAUAGCAUGAGGCUUGAUAGCAUCGUAUAUAAUAAACCAAUACACAAGCUCAGUUUAGUGAAGAAAUUUAAUGCAGUGACUGGCUUCAAAUCUGAUUUCAAUCUGAAAUAUCCCAAAUUCUGGGAAGAAGUGCCCGUGGGUUUAUUUAGCUUAAGUGAUGAUAGUCCUCCUACUUCUUUUGAUAUGAGUACUGGAUCUGCAAGUAAAGAUCUGAACGUUGACACAGAUAUCAUAGCAAAUGGUAAUGUAUCUGAUACUCUUAGUGGAAUCAACAGCACAAGAAGGGAAAAUACACUUUUAAACCAUGGGAUAAACAGUACAAGAAAUUCUAAUGCAUCCUUAACUCAUGUUCAUGCAGCUGUCAGCUCAGAGAAACAAUAUUUGACAAAAAGCUCUGUCAAAGGAAAUUUUUCAGGAAGUUCCAAUUUCACAGAACUAUUCCACUCCUUAAGUGGUUCUCAAUCUGUUUUGCAACAGAAUAUUAGCAAAAUCACUAACUCAGUGAAUUUUUCUAAUCCGUCAUUCCGAAGUUUAGAACAAAUUGGCCUUGAGAAAACAAUGUUGCCACAGGAGAGUAAGCAUGUUCCUGGUAAUUCAACAUACGUGAAGACUAGUGAUUUUAAUGAUUAUUCAGAUUCCAAGGAUGCUGACAGUUCUAAAUUAAUUGAAUCCAGGGAACAUGCCAUCUUCUCAACCAAAGAGGUGACAGAGUUCAAAGACAAUGCACCCUGUAUAGAAACCUGUAACAGCAACUACCAAUUCACUUACAUGGAGGAUUCAAAUACCAUGUAUCCUUCUGUGAACCGAAGCCUGUUCUUUGAUGAAGGAGUUGCAGAAUAUGUUCCUGAUGUACAUGUGCACAACCUUAAUGUGGAAACAAUGCACAAGAUUACGAAUUACAUUGGGAAAGAUUGUGAUGAUAUCAUGCAAAAACAUGCAAAGGGCCAUGAAAAUGGCUUGUUUAAGAUAAAACCCACUGGAUGUCCUGAUAUUCUGACAGUUUACUGUGAUCAGAGCACUGGUGUUGGUGGUUGGAUGUUGGUUCAGCAGCGAAUGGAUGAAUCAGAAAAUUUCAACCGGUCCUGGGAUGAGUACAGAAGGGGAUUUGGUAGCCUUGAUGAUCAAGGUGAAGGCAAUAUCUGGCUAGGGAAUGACAUCCUUCACAUCCUCACACAAAAGGAAACUUUCCUUCGUAUCGAGCUGGAGGACUGGUCUGGAAAUAAGAAGCAUGCCGAGUAUAUUGCAAAUAUAAGCUCUGAAUCAGAAAACUACAUGUUGAAUAUAACCAGUUAUACUGGGGAUGCUGGGGAUGCAUUAAUAACAGGGUUAGCAGUGGAUGGGGCAUAUAUUUCCCAUGUAAACAUGAAAUUCAGUACUUUUGACCGAGAUAAUGAUAAAUGGGAGGAGAAUUGUGCCCAGUUUUAUGGAGGAGGUUGGUGGUAUAAUAAUUGUCAGGCAGCUAAUCUAAAUGGGAUCUAUUACCAUGGAGGACCAUAUGAUCCUCGUGAUAAUGUGCCCUAUGAAAUAGAGAAUGGAGUAGUCUGGGCCCCUUUUAAGGGUAUUGACUACUCUCUUAAAGUGGUGAAGAUGAAAAUUCGACCAGAUACUUCAGUUUAG